AAAAGCAACAGAGGUGUUCUCAGCUCGCUCACGGCCGCAAUGGAUUCUGAUAUACUGAAAGACGAGAGAAUUAAAUGUGGGAUUUGUAACGAUUUCUUCAAAGAUCCCACAACCAUACCAUGUGGACACAACUUCUGUAUGGAGUGUAUUUCAAAACAAUGGGACAUGGAGCUCUAUGAGGUUUAUAACUGUCCCAAAUGUUCUAAAUCUUUUAUGACGAGACCAGAGUUAUCAAGGAAUGAGACUCUUUGCGUCAUUGGGAACAAGCUUCAAAGACUUAGAUUAAAAGACGGCGCUCAGGACGGUGUGGUUGCAGAACUUAAAAAGAAGAAUCAAAAGCCACAACCACAGCUUCAAGACAAAAUGAAGGCGAAAGAAAAAUUGCAGAAGAUGAUGUGCCCCCAACAUGAAAGAUUACUGAACUUUUACUGCAGGGACGACAAGCAGUGCAUCUGUGAACAGUGUACUCUUUCUGAACACAUGGGACACAACACGGUAACAGCUGUGGAGGAGAGGAAAGAGAGGGAGCGAAAGGUUAAAGAAUGUCUUCAGAAGGCAGGAAAAGAAAUACACGAGCGAGAGUUAAACUUGCAAAAGAUAUCCAACACGUUCGAGCAUAUAAAGGACUCCUCCACUCGUGCAGUGGACGCCAACCGAAGUGUGUUCUCUGAGCUCACAGCGACCCUGGAGAAAAUGAAGGAAGAGCUGAAUAAGAUCAUCCAAGAGCAAGAGAAGGUUUUGCUUAGCCAGGCGCAGUUGGAGGAGAAACAGCAGAAACUGGCCAUAUGGUCACUGCAAACAAUGGUUACUGAACUGGAGGCACUCUCACACGUAAAGGAUGACAUCUCCUUCAUCACGAAAUCACAGCCAGUUGUCAGUCAACAGGAAGCAGAUCCAGUUACUAUUCACGUUAACGAAAACCUUUCCUUUGAGUUUGUGACUGUGGCUUUAAAUAAAGUGAAAGAAAUGCUGGAGGACGGCUGCAAAGUUGCAAUAGAAAACAUCCAGCAAACAGUCAGAAACGUGCCACUUGUGAAAGUUUCUGUGGAAAACCAGAGACAUCCUGACAGACAAGGUAGACCUUUACUCAUACAAUAGUAAAGCAACUUGCGGAAAAGCUUUUAAGUUCACGAUCAAUCAAUUCCGUUUUUCUGUCUCUUGCAGUGCGGCGAAAAUUCUCAAACGUUUCAGGCCUCAGACCACAAAUUGAGUGUGAGUUUAAACAUUAUAAAUGAUUAAGGACAACAACAAAUAAACUCAGGUUUCACUUGUUUGUCAAGAACAAAAAAAAAAAAGUCAUAAUGCCUACUAAUAUAAUUAAUGCAUAUACAGCUGGGUGACAAAGGCAAAACCUGAAUAAAUAAGUGGAGAAACAUAAGUGUAGUCUAAGGGGGCCACACAUGAUCUUGUAACAGGAACCUCUGGGGACACCCAUGUAACAGUUUAGCUAAGCUCACAUUACAAGCCUCAUUGCUGAAAUCCGAUCCCUCCGACACGAUGGUUCACACUCGUUUAGGUAAGUGAUUCAAAUCUGUCACUAAUGUGAAUGAACCAGCAUCCUGA